GCACGUACCCGGAAACGCGUAACCGGGGAAACGGAUAUACGCAACGUAGCGGAAGAAAAAUGUAUACAAUGGCAAUUUAGAAAUCAAUUAAGUUCUGAAAAAAGAGCAUUAAUUGCCUUUCUUUGCGGUCGCUGUGUUGUGGAAUGGCGGACUGAGAGCAGCAGCGCAGCGUCACACCCGCGGGUUCGCAGCUCGGAUCGGUCGCGUCAAGCAGAAAGAGCAGGUAUAUUUCUGACAUCUGCUGAGCUGGACACACAGCUGAGUUCAGGGUUUAGAUCUGUGUUACACAGCGACAGGAUAAACGCACGCAUUCAGUGCGUGUACAUGAAUACAGACUGCAUUCUGUCGCACUACGAGUUCAACAUAUCCUGUAUGAGCUAUAAAUAACGCCAGUCUUAUUUAUGUUAAAUGACACUGUGAGGAGAAUGAGUGGAUUAUUGGCGAGGGAAUCCAGAGGAGGCUGCAAAUAAAAAGGCUGACUGGAAGAUGCCAAGAAGAAAACAGCAGAAUCCACAACCUGUCAAGUUGGAUUCUGAAGAUGGUUUAGGCACUGUACGUCCAGCAAGCCUUACCUUUGAGAGCGACUUUCUCCUGGGACAAGAACUCGAGUUCUCAGAUCCUGACAAUGACAGCAAGAUCAUAGGCCUUGAAAAGUUCUCAGCUGACAUCAGUCUGCCUGGCUUCCCCCUGGGAGACGAGGAGAGCUCCCCCUUCAGCCGCCUCAGUAUGGAGAGUGACGCUGACGACCUCCGCGCAACCGAAAGCGAGCGUGAAGAGAGGGUUUCUGAGUCUGCCUUUCCCUCUUACCUCUCUUGCAGGGGCUGUGGUCAGCUCCUGGAAGACCCCCUGGGACCCGGCAUGGACUUGGUGGGGCCCUACUGCAUGCGCUGCUGCAAAGGGAAUGCGGACGGCGUUGUGGACAGGAAGCUCUGCUCGGGCUUAGGCUUACAAGCGGAGUCUAGAGGGGGAGGGAAUGAGGGCGCCGGUGGCGAGGAUGAUACCUUGAAGCUCCACUCGUGCACGCUCUGUGGUUUUACUUCGCGCUACACUAACCACGUUAAGAGGCACAUGAAGACUCACAACGGCGAAAAGCCAUACGGGUGUCCGCUGUGCUCCUAUGCGUCGGCGCAACUAGUGAACCUGCAAAGGCACUUGCGCAUACACACCGGAGAAAAGCCCUAUAAAUGCAAUCACUGCACAUUUGCAUGCAGUUCCUUGGGGAACCUGAAGAGGCACCAGCGCAUGCAUGCAGCCGUAAGCCCGGGUCAGAGUGCCACUCAGCCUGUCAGUGGCAGCUGUUUAAAUCACACUACUGUGGGUCAGAAGGAAAAGGAAGCGGCUCCUGCCCCCACUGAUGAAGUUGCAGGUGCUGUGCAAUCUGUCUCACGUCCCCACGUGGGAAGAGAUGGGAACUACUUGCAGACCUUUGAUGGCCUCAGGGUUGCACAGCAGUCAUCGACAGGGGUGUUGCAGUCAGGACAGGCUCCUUCUGAACCCCCCAUGUUCUUCCCCUUCACUUGUCGUCUAUGCGGCAUGGCCCUGGAUGACGAGGACGGAUCCUCAGCCCAGAUCUGCGCCAAGUGCACCCUGGAGAUGCUGACUAAGGACACACCAGGUUGCCCCGCUGAGCGAGGGGACAAGGUCUACACCUGUGCUGCCUGCCCCUUUCUCACCCACUACCCAAACCACCUGGCCCGCCACAUGAAGACCCACAGCGGAGAGAAGCCAUACAAGUGCCCGCAGUGCGACUACGCCUCCGCCCACUUUGACAACCUCAAGCGGCACCAUCGUGUGCACACUGGGGAGAAACCCUACAAGUGCCACCUGUGUGACUAUGCCUGCGGCAACCUGGCUAAUCUCAAGAGGCACCAACGGGUGCAUUCGGGUGCCAAACCCUUUCAGUGUGCAAUCUGCAACUACAGCUGCAAUCAGAGUAUGAACCUGAAGCGGCACAUGUUGCGCCACACGGGUGAGAAGCCCCAUAAGUGCCAAGAGUGUGGCUACACCACUGGCCACUGGGACAACUACAAACGACAUCAGAAGAAGCACAGCCUGACUACAGAUGGCUGGGUUAAAGUGCAGAUGCCUGGAAAUGAGGAAGAGGUGGAGGACGAGGAAGAGGUGUAGCCUCUUAUUGCAAGACAGUCGUCCAUAUGAGAUUUUACUGAAUUGUUGGUUGUCCUUCUUUUCUUUUGUGCCCAGAAUUAUUUUUUAGAAUUGUUCACAAGCUGCUACAUAAAGUCAUGCACAAAUUUAAAGGGAUAGUUCACCCUAAAAUGAAAAUUAUCCCAUGAUUUACUCACCCUCAAGCCAUCCUAGGUGUAUAUGACCAUCUUCU